AUGGAUCGAAUUGUAAAACGUCGUAUGGCAGCAAUACGUCGACAACCAAAUCGUCGUCGUCAAUUAAUGAUCUAUUUAAUUAUGGAAAUGACAUUUUAUCUAUUUUUGGCUAUAAUAUUUACAUCAACACUUCAAUAUUAUUUACAAGUAUUAAUGUCUAAAUUAACUAAUGAUUAUGAUUAUGAUGAUGGCGAUGGCGAUGGCGAUGGCGAUGGCGAUGGCGAUGGCGAUGGCGAUGGCGAUGAAAACUUUCCGACAACAACAACAAAUCAACAAGCAAGGUCAACUGAAAGGUUAGGUUGGUCAGUUUGGGUAAAAACUAAAAAACUUCAAAGAAAAGUAAACAAAAAAGAAAAAAAAACAUCGUUUCUUUCCAGCCAAAAAAGAACAUACGACAACGGAAACGUAAUAAUAAUAUUUCAUCAUCAUCACAUCUCAGCAUCACAUCGAGUGAAAAAACGAUUUUCUAUUCGCAUUUUGGUUUCCGGAAUCACAAUUUCAUUGUGACAAUUUGGUGAAAACGUGAAACAACGAAGAAAUAUUAAACCG